CCCAGCGCUAUCCCUAGAAAUAAACCUGGCACCCCUGGCUGCUUGCUAGUUAUCGCAGCUCACUGGUGACCACAGCGACCACCACCGCGCGGUUGUCAUUGCGAUGGCCGUGUCGUCGGCGCGGGCGCGGCUCUUGCUCUGCGCCGCCUUGGUGCUGCUCGUCACGUCGCCGGGAGAUGUGGCCGCCGGCCGGCACGGGCAACGGCGCACGCACACGAAGCGCCUGAGGCCGGGGAAGAACGCGGCCGCGAAGCCGUACCCGGUGAACGCGACGCGGGUGGAGGCGAUCGAGCGGCAGUUCACGCGGUGGGUGCGGUUCAUGGGCGGCCUCGGGCACAGCACGUUCAACCGCGCGCUCAACCGGGCGUUCCUGCCCACGCGCACGCUGGUGGUGGACAAGAACCCGGCGUCCGGCAACUUCAGGUCCAUCCAGGCCGCCGUCGACUCGCUCCCGCUCAUCAACCUCGCCCGCGUCGUCAUCAAGGUCAAUGCCGGCACAUACACGGAGAAGGUGAACAUCUCGCCGAUGCGCGCGUUCAUCACCGUCGAGGGCGCGGGCGCCGACAAGACGGUGGUGCAGUGGGGCGACACGGCGGACACGGUCGGGUCCGGGGGGCGACCCAUCGGCACGUUCGCCUCCGCCACGUUCGCCGUGAACUCGGCGUUCUUCGUCGCCAAGAACAUCACUUUCAAGAACACGGCCCCGGUGCCGAGGCCGGGGGCGCUGGGCAAGCAGGGGGUGGCGCUGCGGAUAUCGGCGGACAACGCCGCGUUCGCCGGAUGCAACUUCCUGGGCGCGCAGGACACGCUAUACGAUCACCUGGGACGGCACUACUACAGGGACUGCUACAUCGAAGGGUCCGUCGACUUCAUCUUUGGCAAUGCGCUCUCCCUGUUUGAGGGGUGCCACGUGCACGCGAUCGCGCGGAACUACGGCGCGCUGACGGCGCAGAACCGGAUGAGCAUCCUGGAGGACACGGGGUUCUCCUUCGUCAACUGCCGGGUGACGGGGUCCGGCGCGCUCUACCUGGGCCGCGCCUGGGGCACCUUCUCCCGCGUCGUCUUCGCCUACACCUACAUGGACAACAUCAUCAUCCCGCGCGGAUGGCACAACUGGGGCGACCCCAUGCGGGAGAUGACGGUGUUCUAUGGGCAGUACAAGUGCACGGGGCCGGGGGCCAACUACGCCGGCAGGGUGCAAUGGUCCAGGGAGCUCACCGACGAGGAGGCCAAGCCGUUCAUCUCCCUCGACUUCAUCGAUGGGUUCGAGUGGCUCCGCUUGUAGCAUCUUAUAUUUACUAA